AGAAACUUUGCGGAAUCAUUCUUCAUUUCUUCACAAGAACUUCAUCGAACAACGCAGGCUUACUGUAACGAGGGGUAAAUAAUUAUGGCACUGAAUAGCAACUUUGUGGUGGUGUUGGUGUUUUCGGUGUUGUACCAGCUGUGCUUCGCCCAUCCCAUCAGCGAAGAAGAUCCUCCAAUCAGCGAGACAGCCAAACUGCUUACGAUUGGUGCCAGGGUGGUACGUGGACCAGAUUGGAAAUGGGGAGAUCAGGACGGUAAUCCGCCUGGGGAGGGUAGUGUCGACGGCCCAUACAGUACUCCCGGUUGGUACUGGGUACAAUGGGACGCGGGGAAAAGACACACUUACCGAAUAGGAGCAGAGGGAAAGUACGACCUGAAGCUUGUUGACGCUGCGUCUCUAGACGGAUCAGUUCGGUUGGCAAAUGGCGAUGACGAACUCAGCGGUCAGGUGGAAAUCAAUCACGACGGGACCUGGGGAACAGUCUGUGACGUCAACUGGGACAUCCAGGAUGCCAUGGUCGUCUGUCGUCAGCUCGGCAACUUCUUAGAAGCAGUGGAGAUCAAGACGGGAUCGUUCUACGGAGAGAGCGAGCGACCGAUCGUGAUGAACCGUGUGGCGUGUCGAGGGACGGAGAGUCGGUUGGCUGACUGCCCGUUUGUCUGUACCAGCUCUCGUCCCUGUAAUACCUCACAAGUGGCCGGGGUGGUUUGCCGACUACCAAAACUCAAUACGGUUCGGUUGGUUGGAGACGGUUCGGAUCCCGCCAGCGGACGCGUAGAGAUCUACCGUAAUGCAACCUGGGGGACAAUUUGCGACAUUGAUUGGGACAUGGAUGACGUCCAGGUUGUCUGUCGUCAGCUGGGAUUCUCCGGGGCUGUGGAAGCCAAGUCUGGGGCCCAUUUCGGCCAGGGGGAGGGGCCAAUCCACAUGGAGGGAGUGGCCUGUGAUGGGUCUGAGAGUCAACUGGCUGACUGCCCGUCUCAUUGCUGGCAGAAAUCGGCAUGUAGCCACGCCCAAGAUGCUGGCGCCAUCUGUCGUCAGGAUGAAUAAGCCGUGAAAGUUUACUCAAGAAAGUUGCGGUUAUUAUGGUUUUGUUUUUAGUUUGACGCUAUAUCAUAGCUUGUAGCAGUAUGUAUUCUUAGAGGUAGUGCAUGUAUAAACCGAACUACAAACACUCCAUGACAGAACAAGGUGUUGAAAAGAUACAUGCAUUUAGCUUGUUGAAUAUAUUCGAGGACAGUUAUGGCAAGUUAAGUUUGUGUUGGUUCUGAGAAGAACCGGUUUAGACUCAACGUUGCGGAAAUUAUACUCUUUCCCUUUGUUAUGCCAAGUUGCGCUAUAUACAUUCUUUCUUUAAACGCGUUCUUGCUAUCAGCUAGAAAACAUAGUUUUAACUAUUUUUAACAUAGUUUUAACUAAGUUUAGUAUUUAAAAAUAUUAAACAUAUUGCAAUACUAAACAUGUUUAGAGUAUUAAUGAAUAGUGUUUAGCAAUUGAACAUCGAUGUUUAGGAAUUGGACAUGUACUGUUUAGCUGCUAAACAUUUGUUUACAAAGUCACAGCAAUAUUCUGUUUUAUUGCUAUAAACACAAUGUUUAGAGCGUACUCCACUAAGUAGUUAUUAAAAGUUAAAAGAUGUCUUACAUUCUCCCUUUUUUGUUAGAAAAAAAUUCGUUCCCCAAAUGUUGUACCCGGAAACCUGUCCCCUCCCUAUUCGGGUGCCGGUAGCUGAUACAAUUGGCUGUCUUAAGAAAAUAAAUGACUGACCGCAUUAGGAACUUGAGAACAUGUGUGUUUAGGGUGAAACAGAACAUAUAUCUUUCCCGUGAUUGCUAUGCAAGUUCCCUUGUGCAGGUAUUUAAAAAGCAUACAUGUAGAAUAAACAUUGUCAAUUUGCGUGUCGAAAAUAAAUUUUCUAGUACAUACGCUGAGCAUUCCAA